AUGUUAGCAAUGUCUUCUGCCUCCGCCAGUCUCCCCAGCGGCACAUUAUCAAUGAACUUCUGCCGAUUCUCGGGGGUAUCGGGUAUACCAGUGAACAUCUCAAACAGGCCAGUUCCAGACAGUAGCGGGCACACAUUAUUCACUCUGAUCCGGUGCUUGCCAUACUCCGCCGCCAAACCCUUGGUGGCGUUCGACACUGCCCCCUUCGAGGCAUUGUACCAUACUAGCCCCGGCCGGGGCCGUUGCGCACCCGUCGAGGAGAUAUUUAUCAUCGAUCCGCCAUGUCCUUGCUUGAUUAGGACCGGAAUGAACAACUGA